GUUGACACCAUGGCUGCUACCAAGUGGUUACUGCUCCUCUUCUCAGUAGCCCUGUUGGGCCUGAGCUCUGCUCAAUUCACUGAUGAGGAGGAUGAACAAAAUUCAGAAGAUUCAGUAGAUGUAGAACCAUUAGGCUCCCAGCAGGAUGAUCAGAACCCUGGCCAGCAACAAGGUGGUAACCAGAAACUUGGACCUCCAGGUGGCCACCAAGGAGAUCCUCCAGGUGGACAGCAAGGGGGUCAGCAGGGUGGUCAGCAAGGAGGCCAUCCAGGUGGCCCUCAAGGAGGUCAGCAAGGUGGCCAGCAAGGAGGCCAUCCAAGUGGCCAACAGGGAGGCCGUCCAGGUGGCCAUGCAUAAAAAGGAAGAUGGGCAUUCAGGAGGUACCCUUGAAGUCCUCAUGUGGACCCGGAUAUUGGGACAACUGUGGUAUCAAGACAUACCUCUUAUCUACUGCAUCAUUUCUGUACAAUACCAAAAAAUACACUAGUAGUUAAACAUUGA